AUGGAGAAGAACGUCAUGCGGAGUUUGGAAUUGGUGGCCAAGGAGCGGAUGGAGGUCGCCCACCAACUUUCGAUUUGGGGUGAAUCCGGUGACGAGGAUGUUUCGGAUAUUACAGACAAACUCGGCGUGCUGCUAUAUGAAAUAGGCGAGCUCGAAGACCAAUACGUCGACCGAUACGACCAGUACCGCGUCACCAUGAAGAGCAUCAGGAAUAUCGAGGCGUCGGUACAGCCGAGUCGGGAUAGGAAACAAAAGAUCACAGACCAAAUCGCCCAGCUAAAAUACAAGGAGCCCAACUCCCCGAAAAUUGUCGUCCUCGAACAGGAACUAGUCCGCGCCGAAGCCGAGUCCCUGGUCGCCGAGGCGCAGCUAUCCAACAUCACACGCGAGAAAGUCAAGGCGGCAUACGCGUACCAAUUCGACGCCCUACGCGAGCACUCGGAGAAGGUGGCCAUCAUCGCCGGGUACGGCAAGCACCUGCUGGAACUGAUCGACGACACCCCCGUGACGCCGGGCGAGACACGCCCCGCCUACGACGGCUACGAGGCCAGCAAGGCCAUCAUCCAGGACUGCGAGGACUCGCUCACCAACUGGAUCACGCAGAACGCGGCCGUGUCGUCCAAGCUCUCGACGCGGGCGCGCACGCUGUCCCAGCGCCGCCGCAACAACAUCAAGGCCCGCACCGAGGGGCUGCAGCAGCUGCAGGGCCACGACCUGUCGGCGCAGGACGCCCCGCUCAACGACCGGGACUCGUGGGUGCCCGCGGGCCAGCACGAGUAUGUGGAGGACGAGGACGAUGACGGUGAGGAGGACGACCUGGACGCGCCCAGCCAUUCCGCCGUCGACACCGAGGCGAGCUUGAACGGCGAGCACCGCGGGCGGAACCACGACCCGGUCAUGGCUUAG